AUGUUGCCAACUUUUAAUGUGAUUGGAGGUUUUGUAGCAUUAGAACAUUUUAGCUUUCGUUUACAACGUUUAGAAAUCGGGGAUUUAAUAGUAUAUCCCAGAAGUUAUGGACCCAUUCCAUAUGCUUUGAUUGGAGGAAAAGUAUUUGCUGGAGAAAAAGUAUUUGCUAGAGUAAAUCUAAGAUUCUUAUUAUUUGCACAUAUAAUCGUAUUACUUUUUUCUUCCUCCAGUUAUGGUACACCAUAUUUGAGAAAUCUGGGAAUGCGAUCUGAACUUAUCUCACUCGUGUGGCUUGCCGGCCCACUUUCCGGACUUAUCGUACAACCAUUAAUUGGUGCAAUUAGUGAUAAAAGUACAUUUAAAUUGGGUCGACGAAGACCAUUCAUAAUUAUUGGAGGAUUUUUGGUUUGCCUUUCUAUGGCAGGAAUUGCUUAUUCAAUGGAAUGGGCAUCAAUUUUAUUAGGAAGGAAACCAUCGUUAGUCAAAUUUGAUACUAAUGAUGAGGUUCGAAAAAUGGCAAUUAUAGUGGCAGUUAUUUCAUUUUAUUGUUUAGACUUUUCAUUGAAUGCGGUUCAAGCUUCUCUUCGUUCUCUCAUCCUUGAUAUUCCUCCUUUACAUCAACAAGAAACUGGUAAUGCUUGGGCCGGUAGAAUGAUGCAUAUAGGAAAUGUCAUAGGAUACUUCACUGGUUUCUUAGAUUUAAAAGCAAUAUUUUCUUUUCUUGGUGACAGCCAAGUAAAAAUAUUAUGCAUAAUUUCAUGUAUAGUAUUCAUAUUUGCAUUACUUAUAACUUGUUUAAGUGUAAAAGAAGUUGUAUAUGAGGCAUCUGCAAUCGAAGAUUCAAGAGCAUUCAAAUAUCUUCCUGUUCCUAUCCAAAAAAUCUGUAAUGUUCAAUUCUUUUCAUGGAUGGGAUGGUUCCCAUUUUUAUUUUUCAGUUGGAUUACAUCUGUCUAUGCUCGAACUCACUCAACACAAGAAAAAGAUUUCUUUGAAGUAUCCACGCGUUACGGUUCAUUUGCCUUAUUAAUUUAUUCAUUUGUUUCUGUGGCGGCAGGAAUCAUUAUACCUCAUCUUACUCCAACAUCUUAUCCCAGUAAAAAUCCUUUCACCAUAUAUAAUAUUUAUACCGCAUCACAUAUCAUGUUUGCAUUAGUUAUGGUAAGUACAUUCUUUGUGAAUACGGUGGAACAAUCAAUUAUGCUUAUUGCCAGUAUUGGUAUUCCAUGGGCAGUGGCAAUGUGGGUUCCAUUUACUUUGGUCGGAGAGUUUGUACAACAAAACGAAACAGGAGUAGAUGAAAAUGAAUUUGAUGCAGGAAUGAUUUUAGGUGUACAUAAUAUGUAUAUAGUAUUUCCUCAAUUUAUCAUAUCUAUAAUUAGUGCAGCAAUAAUUAAAUUAGUGGAAGAGGUUACUCAAACAGGGGGAGGUAUAGGUAAUAUAGGAAAAAACGAUGCUUACGGAUGGGUAUUUAGAUUUGAAGAUCCAACGAUUAAUGUAUCUCCACCUGAAGGAGGUGAAGAAUUUAUAGAAAUUAAUCCUGAACAAUUAAAAGAAUUGGGGAGGUUAGGUGAAGGCGCGGGUGGAACGGUGACCAAAGUCUUAAACUUAUCAACAAAUACUUUAAUGGCAAAGAAGAAAAUCAAUGUCGACCCCGAUCCAAAUAUACAUCGACAAAUUCUACGAGAACUUCAAUUUCUACGAACAUGUAAUUCACCGAACAUUGUAUCAUAUUAUGGUGCAUUCUUGGAAGAUGAUAAUUCUUCAAUAUCGAUUUGUAUGGAAUUUUGCGAGGGAGGAAGUUUGGAUUCAAUUUAUAAGAAUAUUAGUAAAAGGCAAGGAAGAAUUGGUGAAUCAAUAUUGGGAAAAAUUGGUGAAUCGGUAUUAAAUGGAUUAGUUUAUCUCUAUAGUCGAAAAAUUAUUCAUAGGGAUAUAAAACCAUCAAAUAUUUUGGUUACUAGAAAAGGGGAAAUAAAAAUUUGUGAUUUUGGAGUAUCAGGAGAUUUAGUUUUAUCAUGGGCAAAUACUUUUUUGGGAACGAGUUAUUACAUGGCUGUAUCAGCUGAUGUUUGGUCUUUAGGAUUAACAAUAAUGGAAGUUGCACAAAAUCGAUUUCCAUUUCCAUCGGUUGCACCAAUUGAAUUGGUUGCUCACAUCGCUAACUUACCUGCACCUGAAUUAAGUGAUGAAUAUGAAUGGAGUGAUGAUCUUAGAGAUUUCUUAAAAGUUUGUUUAGAGAAAAAUGGAGAAAUACGGCCAACGCCCAAACAAAUGCUUGAUCAUCCUUUGGGAAUGGGAUAA